UAAUUUUGACUGAGAUAAAAUUCAAAUAUUACAGAAUAAAAACAGCUUACGAAAUCAAUUUAAUUUUUUUAGGGAUAGGAGAGAUGACGUCAUUGCGCCGAAUGUGUAAGGCCGCCACUUUUCAUACUAUUUGUAUAUAACUACGUAAAUGCUGGAUUGAUUAAAGAUUUAGAGCAGUAGAGUAACGAUAAAUAUGCAAAAUAAGUUUUUGGAAUUUACACAUUAAAUUAUAACUGCUCUAAGUUUAGAAUGAUUAAAAAUGAUAGAAAAGUAAUAUUCUUGAAGAAACUUAAAUGCUCAACAACUUUCUUCUUCAAGACGUUUUCGUUGAAUGAAGAGAUGGAGAGUCAAACAAAUAUAAAAACGUGAGGCAAAAAUAGUUUUUUUAUUUUUCCAAAUUGCCGAAUAUUAGCAUGAGUAUCUCGAAAACUACUCAAAAUAGAUAAAUAAUAUACAUCAUCAAUAUUGUAGCACAUUUUAUCAGCUUUAAUUAUGUACAGAAUGUCUUAGCUAGGACGCGUAGUUUUUCUUAUAUGAACAGAAAACCGGAAAAGGGGCCUUUUAUGUGCCUUUGGAAGGCCGACAUUUUUGAUUCAGGUCAAUUUGUUGUGUCAGUCUGUCACACAAAAAUGAUAUAAUAGAAAAGUUUGAUGGAACAUUUAAAUUACAUUGACAAUUUUCUUCGCAUAACUAUUUUGGCCUUCGCCUCUUGUCAAGGGUUAUAUUGACGAUAAACAUCAGCCAUAUACAGGUUGUUUGAAUUCAGUUUUUAAGAAUUCAAAAAUAUUAUAUAUACCGUUUUUGUACUCGACCCUUCGAUUAUUUCCGUCCCAUUUAUUUAUUUCGUCUCACUCUCUGGUUUUGAUAUUUGUUUAGAAUUUUUUUGGUUACUUUAAGCAGCAAUAAAAUGUAACCUUAUGUUUUUAUGAGCGCUGCUUGUUAUCUAUUAUUAGAUAACAAUAGGACCGUACACUGAAAACAAUAUUGGAUUCAACCAUGAGCUUAAAAUUUAUACCAGCCAUUUUUAAGAGUCAUUUUAAAUGUUCCUCUUUCAAGUUGUCUCACCGUAAAUGUUCAUCAAUGCAUUGUAAUUUGGAAAUAACAGAACAGAAUGGAAUUCGUCGAAUUGUUAUGAAUGACCCAAAAACAAGGAAUUCCCUGUCAAAAAAUAUGAUUUUGGCAUUGACAGAAGCAGUUACUAAGGAUAAUACUAACACGAACUUGAGAUGUAUUGUCAUAUCUGCAAAGGGCCCUGUAUUUUCUGCUGGACAUAAUCUUAAAGAAUUGCAUUCAGAUAAAAGUUGUAGGUGUGUCUUUCAAGAUUGUUCAAAGUUAAUGAUGGCUCUAGUUGAAACACCAGUACCUGUCAUUGCUGCAGUGGAUGGAAUAGCUGCAGCUGGUGGAUGCCAACUUAUAGCUCAAUGUGAUAUUACUAUUUGUACCAAGAGAUCGACCUUCUCUACUCCAGGAGCAUCCGUUGGCAUAUUUUGUUCAACUCCUGGUAUACCACUGGCGAGGUCUGUUGGAAGGAAAACUGCAGCUUAUAUGUUGUUCACAGGAUAUUCACUGACUGCUGAGGAAGCUUAUAACGUAGGUCUGGUUUCACGCGUAACUGAAAAUGAUGGAUUAGAAAAUGAAGUCAAUCAUAUAACAAGUGCGAUCCUAGAAAAAAGUCAUGCAGUCAUCAGCUUAGGAAAGAAGUUCUUCUAUGAACAAGUUGAAAUGGACCUCAGAUCAGCUUAUGAGAAAGGAGGAAAAGUCAUGUUAGAAAAUUUGGUCCAUAAAGAUGGUGCUGAAGGUAUUAAAAGUUUUGUAGAAAAAAGGAAACCAAUAUGGAGUUGUUAAUUAAUCAUUGUUUGGUUACUUUCUUAUCAUUUCUUUUUGGGGUUUAAUUAGAUAGGUGUUUAUUAAUAAAGAUAUAAAGAAGUAUUUUAAAAAAUAAAUGGUUCUUAGCAGUUGAAAUUAGUUUUAAGUUCUCAUUUGUGAACAGAAACCUUCAUCUUUUUAACUUAAUAGUAUCCUAUCACACUUUAAUAAUCUAUUUAUUUAUAUUUUUACUAUUUAAAAAAUAAAAAUCAUUGAUCCGAGUCCAGUGAAUUUAUGUAAUUAUGUUUAGGCUUAAAUACCAUUUUCAAAUUUUCUAAAAAAAAGUCCAUUAAAAAUGAAAUAGUGUACUACUCCAGAUUAGUAAUUAUUGUGUUAAUAUUAUAAAUUUAGUUAUUUCCUUUUUCAUUAUUUAUCAGUUACUUUGGCUUUCAUUAAUUUUGGUAAAAAGAUUUUUCAUAAAAAUUGUUUAAAUUCGCAGAAAUUUAAUGAUUUAUUUGAAAAAUACUUUUUUAAAAAUUAUAAUUUCAUUAAAAAAACGGUUGGUUAGAUUUUCUUUUUUUAUUAAUUAUCACUUUAGAAACUGUAGUUUAGACUACUUCUAGUCAUGCUAAACGACUUUAUAUUUUUGUAGGCUAUAUUUUUCUUCGAUUUUUUAAAAAUAUUAUACAAUUCAAGUGGAAAACCAUUGGGCAUUAAGGUAUAAGUACCUUAUUAAAUGGACGAAGUUAAGCGAUAUUCAUAUUGAAAACGCUCCGUUUUCAAGAAUUUUCAUAAAUAAAAAUGUAAUAGGUUAAGAGCUAUUCUGUAUCAAGCUAUUCACGAACUUUCAGGCAGAUGUUUAUAAUUUAAAAUAAGGCGCCUUGUACUGCAGAUUCGUAACAAUUCAGGCACUCUAUUUAGAUUUAUUUUAAAUUUUAUUAUCUUUACAUCUUUAAGAGAAAAAGUAAAAUUAUGUUUAGAUUUUCAUACAAUGGUGGUUAUUGUUAGCAUCAUUUUUGGAGUGAUAUUGAUUUUUAAUUACGAUUUAAGUUCAUGUAGCUGUUGAUUACAUUUUCUUACCUAUUUAGAAUUUGUUAAUUUAUAAUUCUCUUUAAUAAGUUUAUUAUUAACUUAGUUUAUUCUCACUACAAAGUUUCACUUUUCCCAGCACCUGAAAAACCGCUCUUGUUCGUCCUCUGAACAUAAUCUCUAACCCCACUACCCCUAAUGAUUUCCGUCCAAUUUCCCUCUUGUCUAACCUUUCCAAACCUUUGGAGCGAAUAGUACAAUCUCAACUAUCCCAAUAUCUUGAACAAAAUAAACAUUUGAACUGCUUCCAGUCUGGUUUUAGACCAGACUACUCCACUCAUUCCGCCCUCAUUAAAAUCUCCCAAGAUCUCCACACAGCCAUAGAUUAACAGAAACUCACCAUCCUGAUCCUUAUUGAUUUCUCUAAAGCAUUCGACUCAGUUGACCAUAAUAUCCUCCUAUCCAAACUUAAAAAUAUAUCCUUAUCAUCCAAUACGAUACCCUAAAGUGGUUCCAAUCCUUUCUCAUCGAUCGCUCCCUGUACGUUGUAGUUCCUAAUAACCCUCAAUCAACGUCUCUACCUCUGUCCAGAGGCGUCCCACAAGGUUCCUCAUUAUCCCCCACCCUCUUUUCCAUUUACAUUAAUGACCUCCCUUCCUCUAUCAUACACUGUCAAUAUCACCUAUACGCCGAUGACGUCCAAAUUUAUCUUUCCUUCAACCCAACAGAUUCCUCUAAUGCUAUCCUGAAACUGCAACAAGACAUCAAUAGAAUAUACACAUGGGCAAAUCUUAUUAAGCUAACAUUGAAUACGGAGAAGACAAAAGCCAUCCUGAUCGGAUCCCCCUCACUUUUCAAAUCCAUUUCAACACCUCCUAAUCUUCUUCUGAACAACUCAUCUAUCUCCUUCCAUACCACCGUUAAAAACCUAGGAGUUACCCUCGAUCAAAGCCUCCACUAUCCACCCUGAAACAGUUUAACCAUCUACGUUAUCUUUUUCCAUUCACAACCCAUAAACUCUUAGUCUCCUCUCUUGUUUUCCCCCACUUCGACUACAGCUGCAUGGUGUAUGGUGGACUCUCGGGAGAACUCGAAGCCAAACUUAAACGUUUAAUGAAUUGCUCAAUCAGCUUUAUCUUCGGGAUUUCAAG